GGAGGCUCGCAGCCCGCCCACUUUUCCGCCGCCGCUCCUGACCCAGCCUCUGAACUUUUAAAGGGCGUCGCUCCACUCCUUUCAUUUCCACCAAGUGCGGCGCGCCCGAUGUCUCUGUCCCGCAGAUGCCCUGCUGCAGCCGCGGCUGCUCUGCGGGUCCUGGGCGCCGCUCCGGCCCGGGCCAGCCUUCCCCGGCGAUGCUACUGCGUCCGCACCGCGCAGCGCCAGGGGCUGCUCUUCCGACAGGUGAGCUGAUCCGAGGCGCCCCGUCCUCCACCCCGAAGGGUGGCAGGCGGGAUCGGGACCCUUCUACCCCGCUCUUGAAACAAUAGCAGCAGCAGCAACCUUCCAUUGAAUUUAUUUGGCAGUACUGUUGGUUUGGAUGCGUGUGUGUUUGUGCUUCUGUAGGUUGCCAACGUUUCCCAUCCCAUAGGGCUCCUCUGCCUCUGUGCAAGGCAAGCAGAACUUCUAUAGUUGCGAAGCUGCCUUACGUUUAAAGCACAUAAACACACACGUACGGAUUCUGGGAAGUGUAGUUGUAUUAAGGGUCCUGGGAAGUGCCGCUCUGUGAGGGCCAAACUACAGUUCCCAGGGUUCUUUCUUUCUUUUAAGGAAAGGGAGGGGGCAGUGCACUUUGAAUGCACAGCCUGUAUGCAGCUGGAAAGCUCUGCUGAAAAGCUCCACUUGCUGGAUUUUUGUUUGCUGUUCCAGAUUACUGGAAGCCUAGAGUACUUCCAAGGGGGUGCUGUUUGUUGUUGUGGGAUCAGCAUGCAUGCAUGUUUCUCUUGGCUGCUACAUUGUGGAGGCAGAGGAGCUGGGAUUUUGUGUUCCAUUUCCUGGAUGCCUUAUCUUCCUUUUUGCCACUUGUUCCUGGGCACCUAGGCUUCAAAGUCAGUUGAGUUCCACAGAGCUUCCUUCUGAGUAACAUCUACCCUGCUUUUCAAAGCUAACAACAAGAAGUACAGUGGUACCUCGGGUUAAGUACUUAAUUCGUUCCGGAGGUCUGUUCUUAACCUGAAACUGUUCUUAACCUGAAGCACCACUUUAGCUAAUGGGGCCUCCCGCUGCCGCCGCACCGCCGGAGCACGAUUUCUGUUCUCAUCCUGAAGCAAAGUUCUUAACCCAAGGUACUAUUUCUGGGUUAGCGGGGUCUGUAACCUGAAGUGUAUGUAACCUGAGGUACCACUGUACAUUUGCAGGCAAUCUUUUCUUCCAAGUGGUGUGCAUCAUUCUCCUCUUCCCCAUAUAACCCUCACAGCAACCCUGUUAGGCCAAGACGAGCGCAUACAAGCCAUCUCCUAGGGACUGAGGUCCCCUUGACCCUCCCAAUAAAAUAUUUGAGGACUCCCCCCCCCGAAAGUUGAUAAGCAUUGCCAUUCAAAUAAUAUGCAUGCCUUAUGAUAGAUUAUGUGGGGUGGGCCUUACCUGCCGCCCAUAUUUUAUUCAAGUUGGCAGCUACUCUAUUCUGAACUUAAAAAUGGAAAGUGUAAUGCCAGUGGUCAACAAGAGGUUUAAAGACUCUCUCAAGGCAAAUCUUAAAAAAUGUAGUAUAAACACUGACAACUGGGAAACACUGGCCUGCGAGCACUCCACUAGGAGAACAGCCUUUACCACAGAUGUCAUGGGCUUUGAAGAUGCUCAAACUCAUGACGCAAGGGAGAAACGUGCUUAGGGAAGGCACACUUGGCAAAUCCACACUGUGAUCAACACCCACCCGGAAACCUAUGCCCCACUGUAGAAGGACGUGUGGAUCCAGAAUUGGCCUCGACAGUCACUUACGGACUCACUGUUAAAACCAUGUUUAUGGAAGACAAUCUUACUAAGCUACGAGUGAUUGCCAAAGAUUCAAGUUGGCACUCGUGGCUGAGAGGCAGUGAGCAGCCCAAGGUCAUAAGAGGCUUCCCAUAAUAAAUAAGUAACAGCAUAUAGGAAUGCAUCCUAGUUUUCUCUUUCUUCCCUCUGCACCCGAAAUAUAUGUGCUUAAUUUUAGGGCCAGCUUCGGCCGCAGUCAAGGUUUCAGAUGCUGAGGGAUAUUGGGAGACAGGGCUGUGUGUACCACAUUGAAGUAAGACUCAGUUAAAUCACCAUGAUACCACAGUCACAGUUUCCUUCAACAGAAUAAUGGGAGCUGUAGUUUGUUAAGGGUCAUGAGAAUCGCUGGGAGACCUCCCUAUUUCCCUAACAGAGUUGCAACUCUCAGAGCUCCCAAAGGAAGAGGGACUGAUUGUUAAACCAAGUUCGAAACCGGAGCUCUGGGAGAGGAACGGGAGUCUCCCAAAUACUCUCAGCACCCUUAACAAGCUAUAGCUCCCAGGACUGGGAAGCCAGUACUGUCUAUAGUGCUAUUCUGCUUUAAAUGCAGAGUCCAGACUGGACUAGCAUUGGAUAGAAUCCUGCAUAAUCAGGUAUAAUACAAAUGUUUAUCAAAUGUUUAUUUACUUAUCAUUUAUUUUGCUAAGUUGUAAUACAUUGUCUUUCAAUUUACUGUGCUUUCUUAAACGCAAUUGUUAUAUAUUUCACUUGAAAUAAUUACCAUAAAUUAAAUUUUUUGAUGUGUAUGGUCCCUUUUUUAGGUUAUCAUAUUAUUGUCUCACUUGUAUUGUUGACCAUCUUGACAUUUUUAAAACAACAGCAAAGCUGGACUCCAAAUCCCUGAUUCUCCCCCCCCCCCUUUUUAUUUUUUUACCUGCUCUUCCUCAUAAGGUCCCAGGUUGGUUUACAACAACAUAAUACACAAUUAUUUUAUUGUUCGAGCUGAAGGCCUUGUGUCAGGGGUUCAGGAGCAGAGGCAAGGGCAAGGGAGGAAACAGAGAGCGAGGGGGAGGAGGCAGAAGAAAAGAUGAGUGAUGACGACGACCCGAGAUCUCCGAGUCUUUCCAGUGAAUCAGAAGAUUCACAGAAAGGAGCACCAGUGGCCAGGGCAAGGGGGAGCCUAGGGGACGCCCCAGGAAGAUAGAGCCAGAGGGGACUCAGAGGGGAGCAGUUGGAAAUCGGGACCAGCGUCACCGCCAGAGAGCAGGGAAGAGGAAGGGAGCCAGGGAUCAAGCGCUGGCAGCUCACAACAGGGGGGAGGGCACGAGUCAGGAGUGGCCACACCUCCAUCGGGGAGCGAAGAAACGGUCAGACGGAAGGUGGAAGGUUGGGCGCGCGCGCCAAGUUCAAAUGCACAGGAAGGUGGCACAGUAGGCAGCCCGGAAAGGGAGCCAGGUCCUAAAGCCCGCCGAAAGGAGGGAGAAGAGUCAGGGGGAGCGUCAGCGUCAGAGGAAUCCCGGAAAGAAGAGACCCCAGGGGGCAGAGGGACCCAGAGAAGAACAGUCAGGCGGAAAGGUGGAGCAGGGCUAGGAUAUUAGGUUGGUGUACAAGGGGCGGAGACUCAGACGGAGCUUCGCCGGUCUAACCAUGAGACGUAGAGUUGCACGCAGCAGUUUGAGAAUGGAAACUGUAACUCAAUAAAGACUUUUGUUUAAUGAUCGCUGGCUAGCGUGAUCCUCUGUGAGCUAGGAUCUGGAAGCAGCUCUGACACCUUGUAACACUAAUACCAAUAAAAUAAUACAGAACAUGCAUCCAUGCUGUAAAAGAUACCAGAGAUACCAACAUCUUAUCUUAAUUUCAGAUUGAACUUUAUCUAUAGUUAUGCAGACUUUUAAAACUUUCAGGAUGAUAAAACAAGCAAACCAUGUUCAAAAUGGAACACAGUACUGGCGUGUCUGCUAGAUUCUUGGGGCUGUAAUCGGUUUGAUGAUUAACGGCACCUUCUUGACCCCUGGGUCCAGCCUGCUUGGAUAUAAGCAAUGUUAGGAAGCAAGUUCUUCUGUGAGUAGGUCUGGAACUUACGACCUGCAUCAAGAAUACCGAUAGAGAAGUCACUGGUAGGAAUAUAAAGUGCUGUGCCAUUGGAAGAAAGCCUUGCUAAGAUCUGGAGAGUAGCCAAAUUGGGCAAAAGUGGAAAACUGUUACACCUGAGCGAUGUGGGAGCAGGGAGCAGUUAGGCGCAUUUAAAAGAACAUGGCCAUUUCUUCAUUUUAUAUGAAGAGCCUCAAACCCAGUGCAUCUCUGGGAUUGUAAGAACUCAAAGAAAGCAGCACACCUUUGAGAAUUUCGGUCCAACAUCUUGAUUCAAAAUGGCAUAUUCAAGCAUAGUCAAAAACCAGCUCCCUCAUCUCAGGUGCCGUCGUGCAGAAUUUGGCUGCAAUACAUCAUGAGGUGUCCCAAUGCAUAGAGAAUGGGCAGGCAAGCAACUUUCCUAAAUAAUACAAUACCAAAUGUAAUGUGGGUAUUUUUAUUUAGUCGGUUAACACAAUUUAUAGACUAUUUAAUCUAAGAAAGAAGGAAGAAUCUUUAAGCAGCUUACAUAAAAUGGUGCAAAUAUUUAAUAAGAAAGUCAGACGCAGUCGAAAAAUUUAAAUGGGUGUAUGUAUGUAACUUCUUAAAACUACAGAAUGACCAGAAGAGAUUUUUUUUGUGUUUUGUUUUAAAGCAAGUAUAUGGAAUAAAAAUCACAUGUCUGGAUAGGCUGGCCAAAACAAAAGAUUUGUUUGUUUGUUUUUAGUGCCUAAAGCGGGUGGCGCUGUGGGUUAAACCACAGAGCCCAGGACUUGCCGAUCAGAAGGUUGGCAGUUCGAAUCCCCGCGACGGGGUGAGCUCCCGUUGCUCAGUCUCUGCUCCUACCAACCUAGCAGUUCGAAAGCACAUCAAAGUGCAAGUAGAUAAAUAGGUACCGCUCCAGCGGGAAGGUAAACGGCGUUUUCGUGCGCUGCUCUGGUUCGCCAGAAGCAGCUUAGUCAUGCUGGCCACAUGACCCGGAAGCUGUACGCCGGCUCCCUCGGCCAAUAAAGCGAGAUGAGCGCCGCAACCCCAGAGUCGGUCACGACUGGACCUAAUGGUCAGGGGUCCCUUUACCUUUUUAAAGCAGUACAACGAAGGCACCUCCCUAAUACUACCCUGACACCAGGCAGGCGCCUUCACUGUAUUCUUUACAGCUCCUGCUAAAAACAUGCUUGCUUAGGCAAAGCUAUCCAGAACGCUUGGUGGGUGUUUUAAUCUGGAUUUUAGUUUAUCAUUGAUUGUAAAUAUUUUUUUCAAAUCUUUUAAAUAGUUGUUUUAAACUGGUUUAUUUCAUUGUUUGUUUUUUUCCUUUUGUAAACCGCUUUGCGGUUUAGUUUAGUUUUACAAUCAAGUUGUAUAUAUAAAUGUUGCGAAAUAAAGAAAAUAAAAUAGACCCAGAGCAUAAAAGAACCAAUGCUAAAAGAUCCAACUCCUUAUAUACAAAGGCACGUAAAAUAUUUUUCUGUAGUGGGAGUAUAUUUGUGGACGUUAAUUUGGAAAGAAUAUAAAUCAAGAGAUUCCCCAGGGCAAGGGAUUAGAAGCCCGCUUCCUGCUUUAACCACUAGGCUUGGAGUGGAGGCACUCUGCCCUAUGCACUGAUGCACUUCAUGUUGCCUUUGGCUUACGGCCUCCAGCUUCCUCUCCAUGUGACGGCGCACCCAUUCCCCGGUUGUUGCUGUUAUUAGGGGCAGGGGUCCUUUUCUUCCUAAGCACAAGGGCCACUGGAGGGGGCUGCUUUGGGAAGAGGGGUCCCACCUAUCACCUUUCAUGGACUAACCCGAUAUAUCUCUGGCAUUUCCCCCCCCAGCUCUUUGAAUCAGAAAGUUCCACAUAUACCUACUUACUGGCAGAUUGGAAGACCAAGGAGGCGGUUCUGAUAGACCCAGUUCUGGAGACAGCCAAGAGGGAUUCGACCCUGGUGAAGCAGCUUGGUCUGAAUUUGGUAUAUGCAGGUGAGAGGAGGUUUUUCUUCGGUCCUGGAUAGAUCAAGGCAGAUGGGGUAGUGUAACAUGCUCCCAAGGAAGCCCACUCAGACAGGUUCAGAUUCCUUGCAUUUGUUUACAAAGCCCUGAGCAACUUAGUUCCUGGCUAAUCUAGGUACCACCUGAACCAGUGGCGUAGCGUGGGGGGUGCAGGGGGGGCCGGCCGCACCGGGCGCAACAUCGGGGGGGGCGCGCUCGCCGCCUCCGGAGUCGCCGAAGAGCCUCGGGCGCAGGCUGUAGCAGAGCCCCAUGUCUCGCGGAACCGACGAGCUGGCAGCGGCUCUCAGCGCUCGCCGCGGUCCCCGCGCGUCAGGGCCGCGGAGGGCGCGCCAGGCAGCCCCUCCUCACAGCCCCGCCGCCGCCGCUGCUGCUGCUGCAGCUGCUGGGCCAUGUUGCAUUUUCCUCGCCUCUCUGCCCUCCUCCUCCUCCGGGCAAGCGGCGUCGUUUGGGCGGCAGCGCCAGUGGCAACUCGCCUCAGAUCACCUGACACGGACCCGCUGCCGCCACCGUGGCUACCUUACCGUAAAUACCCCAGCCCAGGCAGCAGCAAGAAGAAGCUGGCAGCGGCGGCAGGUUAGGGGGCACAAAUUACUUGCCUUGCCCCGGGUUAGGGGGCGCAAAUUACUUGCCCCGGGUGCUGACAACCCACGCUACGCCGCUGCCCUGAACCCUUACGGCUCAGCCUCAUCACUCAGAUCACCUGUAGGAGCAUUGCUGGUCACCCUCCAUGAUGGUCACACUCAUUUGACAUCAGUGUGAAAACAUGCCUUGGCCCAGUGCCAUGGGAUGCUCUUCCGAGAGAGAUUCAGCACGGCAUCCUCUUUUUCCACCUUUAAAUGUUUGAUGAAAACUCAGCUAUGCUGCCAGGCUUAUGCAGACAAUUAAGAAAGCAUCCCCUGUAAUGGUUAGCGAAUGAUCUGUGGUUUUAAUUUUUUACUUGGUUUUUAUUGCAUGUGUGUGUGCAUUGCUGUAAAUCACUUUGAUUUUUUCCCCUUUUUUUGAAGUAGAACAAAACCUUAUUAUUCCCUCCUCACUCCGUCCCUCCCUCUCUCCCUUCCUUCUUUCCCCCCUCAACCGUACAACAUCUAUGACAAUAGGGUCUUGUAUGGAAUGUAAAUGAAGUGUGGAAAAGUGUGAAAAGUGUGAAAAUGAAUAUAGAGAUGCUAUAUGUACUUAUACUUGUUUAUUUGUUUUUUAAGGCAAUAACAUCUUUAAUAAAAACUAAUUUUUAAUACAGUCAAACCUCGGCUCCCAAUCGCCUUGGGAGUCGAACGUUCCAGCUUGUUGUUAAACAAACGAAAACCGGAAGUGAGUGUUCCGGUUUUUGAACGUUCUUUUGGAAGCCGAACGUCCUGUGGGGCUUCCGCGGCUUCCGAUUGGCUGCAGGAGCUUCCUACAGCCAAUCAGAAGCCGCGUUUCGGUUUCCAAACUUUCGGAAGUCAAACAGACUUCCGCAACGGAUUCCGUUCGACUUCUGAGGUACGACUGUACAUAUAAUGAAAUUGCAAAAAUAAAAGUGGAUUUUUUUUUCCAGCUCCCAAGAGCAGGUUAGUAAAACCUGGCCUUCAUGGGUAUUGCUAGGUUAAAAUGGAACAGAAAAGAAAUGGCAUAUUCCACUUUCUACCACUAGGUAGCGGAAGAGUAGAAUAAUAGAAUCGUACCUUUGAAUCAGGAAGGAGAUGGUAACCCACACUGGCCCAAGGCAUUUUGGCACCUGAGGUGGCAAAACGGCCUGGCCUGACUGUGGCGUUAGAUCUGUGGUUCUCCAGAAACAUUUAGAGGACCAAUCCCAUCAUCCCUCAAUGUUGGCAAUGUUGGCUGAGACCAACGGGGAGUUGGAGUCCCAAUGACAUCUGAGGCGGGGCACAGGCUCCCCACUUCUUUGUUAAAUGCUUUGAUUUUUGUGUCUUGCAAUAUUAACCCCAAGCUUCUCUUCCUCUUUCUCAGUCAACACUCACUGCCAUGCAGACCACAUCACAGGCACCGGAUUGCUGAAGAAGCUUCUCCCAGGCUGCCGGAGUGUCAUCUCCAAACAUAGUGGCGCCUCUGCUGACCUCUUAAUCCAGGAAGGGCACACCCUCAAAUUUGGGGAUUUUGUGAGUUUGUUUGUUUGAUUGAUUUUACACCCCACCUUUUCCUCCAGGGAGCUCAAGGUGGUGUACACACGGCUCUCCCCCUCCUCAUUUAACCCCCACAACAACCCUGCGAUGUUGGUUAGGCUGAGAGACUGCAGCUGGCUCAAAGCCGCUCAGCGAGUUUCACAGCUGAGUGGGGAUUUGAACCCUGGUCUCCCACUCUAAGCGCUAUAUCACACUGGCAAUUCCAAGGCUUGAGUCUCAUGGCAUGUCACCCUGCUGUUGUUGCAGGCCCUGGAAGCUCGUUCCACCCCUGGGCACACAGACGGAUGCCUGACGUAUGUGCUGAAUGACAAAGGCAUGGCUUUCACUGGCGAUGCCUUGCUGAUCCGGGGCUGUGGACGGACAGACUUCCAGCAAGGUACAGAGGCCUUGUGGAUCCAGUUAUAACCAGGGAGGGUGGUCAUACCAGAGUGAACUCUGAUCUGUUGCAAGGGGGAGGGAGCUAUGAGAUCUGGGUCAGUCUUAAUGGCUACCAUCAGUAUUAGAGGGUAGCUUCAAGAUUUAUGGGGAGACAUGGGCUGUCGUGUUCCAUUUGACAAAUGAUACCCAUUUUUUUUUGCCUUAAUCUGAAUGUGUCUACCUACAAUAGCACUGUAUUUCUCCCUGGCCACAUUCAGACCAUACAUUUGAAGUACCAUGGUACCACUUUAAACAGUCAUGGUUUUCCCCAUAGAAUUCUGGGAGCAGUAGUUCGUUAAAGGUGCUGAGAGUUUUUGGGAGCCCUUUGCUUCUCUCACACAGAGCUACAAUUCCCAGAGUCCCUGAGGAAGAGGGAUUGAUUGUUAGACCACUCUGUUUAUUGUAGCUCUCCGGAGCAAGUCUCUUUGAAGGGGGAAAAUAUGGGAUGGUGUUUCAAUGAAGACAACACCAUGUGGGUGUUGUGGAUAAGAUUGACAACAAGCUGUUGUGUAGAAAUGUGCAGCCACCUCUGCAAAAAAACAACCCUGUAAGGGGUAUAUGUGUUUUCUUCCUCCCCACUUCGAAUGAACACUUAAUGCCCGGAGUGGACCUCACUGGUCACCCCCUAAUGUCCACACACAUCCCAUUAAUGUGAAAUGGGCUUUUAUGCAACUUCCAUGCAUCCAGAAAUGCAGAUUGCCCAGGGUUCCGGAUGCAUGAAAGAGCUUUACACAUUUCUUCCUAUAUACUACACAUUUCUUCCUAUAUACAUAAAAAUCUAAUGCUGCCGUCACGCUGUGCAGUUCAGGUAGCCACACCAACUGCAUGACAAACAGCAGGCAGGAGAGUGAGGAAGCAGCACUGAUGGCAGACAUUUAACAGAGGGGGAGGUGCUUCACAGAGUGUUUUAGUCAGCUCCUCUAAAGGCCCCCCUCCCACUGUUAAAAAUGGGUGACAAGGGGGUGGGUGUAAAGGUGGUUGGUCAGAAAUGGGGAAAGGUCAGUGGGCAAAUAGGUAAACAGGGUGGGCAGCCGGUGCCCCAGUAUAUGCUCCAUAGAUGCUUUCUUUGCACUAAUGCUUAACGCAUAGGUGUCAGGGGCAUGGCCAGAGGGCAUACUGUUGGAGGCAGGGCCCAUAUGCAUAGUGCUUCUCCGUCCCCCUGCCUAACUAUGUGUUCACUGAACAAAUGGGAGGAAUGUGUUGAAGACCCUUGUCUAAAGCAGCUGUCCUAGAGAAUCAGGUUGGCAAAAAUAGCUGAUGUUGAAGGAAACUUAGCUCAGUAAGACUCUCUGUCUCAUCCAAGGCAACCCAGAGACCCUGUAUCAGUCGGUCCACGAAAAAAUCUUCACACUCCCUGGCCACUGCCUAAUCUACCCUGCCCAUGACUAUACCGGUAAGUCGGGGUCUCAGAUUUGCUGCUGGGGGGCGGGCAGCAUUGUGGUACAACGGACACUGGAUGACAAUGCAGUUCCUCGCUCAGUUCCUCAUUUUCCUUAAAUAUCCUUAAAUAUCUCUGUUGCGAUCAACACAGUGCCUUGUGGUUCUCUUAGAGACCGAUAGAUUUACUGUGCUAGAAACUGGAAACCCCCUUCAACAGAUGCACAAAGUGUUGUUGUUUUAUUGAAUGAAAUUUUAUCAACCACUUCAUAUCCCCAAAAAAGUGAUGUACGAGGAUUUAAAACAUUAGUAUGCAACUGAGCAGUAUAUAGAUAGAAAGGAAGGCAGAUUGUUCUACAGUGCACAGUGUGCAUGGCUGGAAUCAACUCAUAGGAAGGCUUCUUUAAAUAAACGUCUCCAGACUAAGGACUGCUUCACUAGUGUGUUUUGUACAUGAGAGUGAAGCAGCACUCAGCAGAACUGAACCCUCCUCUCUUCAGUGCAGUCGGAAGUGAGGGUGGGCCAUAUGCUUAUUUAGGGUUAACUAUAUGCUUAAUUGGGGUUUUAAAAGAACGCUAUUUAAACAUUAACCCCACACCCUGACUUGAUUUGGGCUCAGGUUGAUCUGGGUGUUUCUCAGAUCGGGGCGGGGUGUGCACACCUGACACACACACACACACACACACACACACAGAGAGAGAGAGAGAGAGAGAGAAUGAAUAUACACAUUAGGGCUUCAACUUUUUUACAACCUCAUGUUCCUGUUGUGUAGUUAGAUGAACCUUUGGUUAAAAACAAAAAGAAUGAACUUUCAUUUCCAAAUCUUUUGAAAACAGGUCUUCCCGAAAUAAAUGUCAAUUUUUUGCAUAUGUAACUAUAAUGUGUCCUGUAAUAUGCAUAGCAUUUAUUAUAAUACAGGAAAAAUAGAGCUUGCAAAUUACUUGUACAAUGUUUUGUACAUUGUACAAUGCACAUCACUUCUUAUUGGCUGUCAUAAAUCGAGAUUGUGGUUUGUCUUUCCUUUUGCUGCAGGCACCAUAAAGUUUAUCCCUUUAUGAUGCAGGAAAUCAUUGGGGGGGUUGAGGGGGAAAGUCACAGUAUACUUACAGGGACACAUAAACAUAGGUGUAGAAGGAAACAUUUGUAAAAGUGGAGUCGAGGGGUCAUGAAAUGUGAGAGGCAGUAGCUCUGUUCAGGCAUUUGAACAAAUGUCCGCCUGCCAACUGAGGAAGAUAAUUCCCACAUUGGUAGGCCCAAAUAACUUUGCCUUGAUAAAUCUAUGUGAGCCUUUUGGGUGCCGCAAGACUCUUUUUUCUGUCCUGGCCCCCCUUGAUGCAUCUCCUCCUCCCUUGCAGGCCAGACAGUGUCCACAGUAGAGGAAGAAAAGACCCUGAAUCCUCGCCUCACCUUGCCCCGAGAGGCCUUCGUUGAACUGAUGAACAACCUGAAUCUGCCCAAGCCAAAACAAAUAGGUGAGGCUGGUUUCUGGUACAGCACAGCAGCAUUUAUCUGGAGGCUGCCUUCUCUCAGCUGCAAGCCAGUAUCUGCUCCACUAUUGUGUCUUCCUCAGAAGGAUCCUGGGGACUGUGGUUUGGAAACGGUGCAGAAAAUUAUCUCGUUUUCCUAGCCUCCUCCGCUUGCUGGGCCAAGAAAUGUAGGUAGCUUGCCCUAUCUUGAGCCAGAUGGUUGUUCCACCUAGCUGAGCAUCGUCUACACUGGCCAACUGCAGCUUUUCGGGAUUUAAGGCAGGAGUAACACUCUCAGCCUUGCCUAGAGAUGCCAAAGAUGGAAUCUGAGCCACAGCACUUCCCUUAAGGAAUAUCCAAGGGAUUGGCUUUUCUUGUGUUAGACAUCUUAAAGCACAAUCCCCCCAAACACUUCCUAGGGUGUAAGUCUCAUAGAACACAGUGGGACUUACGUAUGAGGAAACAGAGUAUAUAUAGGAUUGAGUAUGGUGUCCCUCCAGAUGUGCGUUUGUUUGCAUUUAUAUCACACCUUUUUCCUCAAAGGGGUAUACGUGGUUCUCCCCCUCCUCAAUUAAUCCACACAACAACCCUGUGACAUAGGCUAGGCUGAGAGGCUGCGACUGGCCCCCAAGGUCACCUGGCGAUCUUCCUGGAAAAGUGGGGAGUUGAACCCUGGUCUCCCUUGUCUUUGUCUGGCAUUCUAACCACUGUACCACACUGGCUAAGUUGCAACUCACAUCAUCCCUGACUGUUGGGUGUGAUGGGUGUUGGAGACCCUCAGAAUCUGAAGGCCCGUAAGUUCUGUCUGGCUCAAUUCCUUUGGCACUUUAACUUGAGAGCAAGUUAUGUUGCUCUCUGCAGGACAUGCUUCAGAGUAAACCAGAAUUAGGCUGGGCUCCCGGCGUGCUUGGUGGCUGGUCUGAGGCGGGGGACAGCCAUGACGUCUUGGGUUCUGUGCCCAGGCACAGAGGGAGGGUGAUUCCUAUAGGAACUCAGGGGAAAUAAUCUUUCUGUUACCCCUCAUCUCCUGCAGAUUUCGCGGUUCCUGCUAACCUCAAGUGUGGGGUCCAAGAUGUAGCUGCCUAGAUGCACCUUCUGACUUCCCAAAGAUGACCUAAGGCAUCCCUUGCAGCAAUGGGAUGGUUUCAUGGCAUACAAACAAUCUCCUUAUUACACUCUGAAGGAAGAUGACGGUGAUUUAUUUGGAAAGAUGUGUGUGUCUUCAGAUACACCCUAACUUGGUUUGGUUCCUGAUCAUCCUGCCUAUUGUGAUCAUCAACCUCUUAAUUCCAGCUCCAUGACCUCAGUGGCCCACUUUUCUUUGUUGAUUUGCACUGGCUGGACAUUCCCAGCUCAACCAGGACUCACGUGAUGUUUUUGUUUUCCAAGUAUGCACUGUGUCAAGAUUUCUGCUGGGCCUCGAAAUUCCUUGCCAGAAGACAGAGUCCCUUGCACUGUGAAUGUUCUGAAAACUCGGGUUUUGUGCCUGAGAAACUCUUGUUGCUGAGAAAAAAAUAAAAUGCAUUUGUUGUUAGUCGGCUUCACUUCUGAA